AUCGGAGGGUAGAAACUCUGUCCUUCUGAACAGUUUGCAGGAUGUGAGUUGAUCUCUGAUCGGGGAUCAGCCGCAUUGCCAACGAAUUGAUUGUUUGCUUCCUCUUCGGGACCUAUUUGCAUUUCACCGAAGAGUUUACGUCUUUUCGCUUAGAGACGCCUAAAGCAACUCUUUUCGUCCCCCCGCCCCCCCAACACACACUGGCUUCUGACGAAGUGGGGAAUGGAUGGGCUGCUUGGAGAGGAUAUGAAGUUAUUGAAACUUUGUGUGGCUUUAAUUUGGUUUGUUUUGGUGCAUUCGUACAAUAUUGAUUUAGAUCAUCCAGUCGUGUUCCGGGGUACCAGUGGUACUUUCUUUGGAUAUUCCGUACUGGAACAUUUUCACGACAACACACGAUGGGUACUGGUUGGAGCCCCGCAAGCUAACUCUACUUACAGCUCGUCUGUUCUGUCCCCGGGAGCAGUGUAUAAAUGUCGAAUUCACAGUAAUCCAGAGAAGAGAUGUACAGAGCUGGAUCUGGGUCGAGGUAAUCAACGGGGAAAGACUUGUGGUAAAACUUGCAGAGAAAACAGGGACAACGAGUGGAUGGGUGUUAGCCUGUCUCGACAGACUGAAGGCAAUGGUAGCAUCCUGGCAUGUGCACAUCGUUGGAAGAAUAUACACUAUGAGUCAGAUCACAUCUUGCCUCAUGGAGCCUGCUACAUCAUUCCACCUAAUUUGUCCAGAAAAACUAAAGAACUGCUCCCUUGCUACCAAGAGUACAAGAAAAAGUAUGGCGAGGAACAUGGCUCUUGCCAGGCUGGUAUAGCAGGUCACUUCUCUGGGGACCUGGUUGUAAUGGGGGCACCUGGCUCAUACUAUUGGACUGGCACUGUCAAAGUUUAUAAUCUGAAAGAUGGAAAGUAUUAUCACUUUGAGGAUUCAAUCAAUGGACCCAGCCAUUACCGUUACCUUGGAUAUGCCGUGGCUACUGGCCAUUUUACACAGCCUAGUUCUUUGGAGAUUGUCGGCGGAGCCCCACAGGAUGAAGGCAUUGGAAAGGUUUACAUAUUUAAGAUUGGCAAUGGCAAACUUACAGCGAUUUUCACAAUUCCAGGAAAAGAGUUAGGAUCCUACUUUGGCUCUUCAGUAUGCGCAGUUGAUUUGAACUCAGAUGGCUACUCUGAUCUUCUCGUUGGAGCCCCAAUGUUCACAGAGAUAAGAGAUGAAGGGCAAGUAACUGUGUUCAUCAACAGAGGCAAUGCGGCACUGGAAGAACAGCAGAUUUUAAGAGGUGAUGGCAUGUACAAUGCUCACUUUGGAGAUAGCAUUGGAUCUCUGGGUGAUAUAGAUGAUGAUGGGUUUUCAGACGUAGCAAUUGGAGCACCCAAUGAAAAUGAUUACCAAGGAGCUGUCUACAUUUACCAAGGAGAUGCCAAUGGGAUAGUCUCCAAAUACUCAAUGAGAAUUUCAGGGCAGACAAUCAAUCCAAUAUUGCGCAUGUUUGGCCAGUCUAUAUCAGGAGGAGUGGACAUGGAUGGAAAUGCUUAUCCAGAUGUAACUAUCGGUGCCUUCAUGUCAGACAGUGUGGUCUUAUUGAGAGCUCGUCCGGUUAUUACCCUGGAGAUCUCCAUUCUACUUCCUGACUCCAUUAACAUCACAGCUCCACAGUGCCACGAUGGCAUACAGCCAGUCAACUGUCUAAAUGUCACCACUUGUUUCCGCUUUCAUGGCAAGCAGGUCCCUGGUGAAAUAGAAUUGAUUUACAAUCUGACGGCAGAUGCACUGAAGAAACAGAAAGGCCUGCAGGCCAGGGUUUACAUUUAUGCCAGUGAACCAAUGAGCCAGAUCAUGGAGAAAAUUGAGCUGUCCUCCGGGAAAGAGAGCUGCAAGCGCUACUUUGUCAUUGUCAAGCGGGAGGUGAAGGAUGUGAUAACACCAAUUGUCUUUGAAGUUACCUACAACUUGGGCAAGCACCUAAUUGCUGGCAAGUCUGAAAAGGAGUUUCCAGCUCUAAAACCAAUCCUGCGCUGGAGGAAGGGACAGAAGCUGGCUCAGCAAAACCAGACGGUUUUUGAAAGGAAUUGCUUAUCAGAAGACUGCGCUGCUGAUCUGCAACUUCGUGGCAAACUGCUGUUGUCCAGUAUUGAUGAGCACAAACCUUACUUAGCGUUAGGAGGAGUGAAGAAUAUCUCUGUGAAUGUAACAGUUCGAAAUGCAGGAGAUGAUGCAUAUGACUCCAAUGUUUAUUUUAACUUCACUGAAGAGGUCUUCUUCAUCAAAAUGUGGCAGAAAGAAAAGAGCACUUCCUGUGAACUGGUGGAGUCGGACUUCCUGAAAUGUAGCGUGGGAUUUCCUUUCAUGAGAUCACAGUCCAAGCAUGACUUCAGCAUUAUUUUUGACACAAGCCACCUGUCUGGGGAGCAGGAAAGUUUGGAGUUCACAAUUACAACACAAAGUGGGAAUAUUGAGCGCAAUGAAUCUCUGUUUGAUAACACACUCAUCCUUGCGAUGCCCCUGAAACACGAAGUGGACACUGCUAUCACAGGAUCGAUUUCACCAACUUCUUUUAUUUAUGGUGAUUCAGUGGAUGCAGCAAAAUUUAUUCAAUUGGAAGACAUGUCCUGCCUUUUUCAACCUUUUAAUUUGACAUUUCAGGUUAUAAACAUGGGUCCGAGCAGUGCACCAGAACUUGCUGUGCAAAUUAUGAUUCCCAGUAGACUUUUUACAAAUGGAGCUGACAUCUUUCUCAUCCAGGAAGUUGUGGUUGAACACGAGGGAGGCAACUGCACCUACCACAGGAACCCUGAACCCUGCUUCAUACCUCACGAUAAGGAGAAUAUUUUCCACACGAUCUUUGCUUUCUUCACCAAGUCUGGUAGGAAGGUGUUGGAUUGUGAUAGGCCUGGACGACCCUGUUCAAUCAUCAACUGUCAACUUGCCUCCAUGUCAAAGGAAGAAAUAAGGAAUAUCUAUGUACACUUACUACUCAAUACUGAAAUAUUGAAAAAGGACAGUGCCUCAGUUAUCCAGUUUGUUACCAGGGCAAAAGGAAUGGUAAUGCCAGACUUGAGGAUGGUGGAGGUGGCAGGGGGACUUUCUGAAGAUUCAACUGUGGUGUUUGAAGCUUUACAUAACCUGGAGCCUCGUGGUUAUGUUGUGGGAUGGAUCAUCGCCAUCAGCCUUUUUGUGGGAAUCCUCAUUUUCCUGUUACUUGCAGUCUUGCUUUGGAAGAUGGGUUUCUUUCGGCGAAGGUACAAAGAAAUCAUUGAGGCUGAGAAGAACAGGAAGGACAGUGAAGAAAGUUGGGACUGGGUGCAGAAGGACCAAUGAGCUGCCGGAUAAUUGAGUGGCAUGCAUCAGACAGCCAACUGACCCUGUUCCAGAGUCUUCCAUAUGUGGAAGAGGGAAUCCUUCUCCAGAUUUUCCGGAGAUCUGAUGAUUGUGUAUAUGUGUAAUUCAACAGCUGGAAGCAUUACUAAAGCAGGCAGAAAAUCUGUUCUGUGGUGCUUAGACUUCCUUUAAAGCUCACCAAUGAACUGUAGAAAGCAAGGUGCUGUGAAGAACACAGAUUCAAGAUGGACGAGAAUGGGAUUUACAACAAUACAACCCUCAGGGGAUUGAAUUCUCUUUGUGUGUCAGUCAAGAGAAACAGAUAUUUUUAUAAGAGAAGAACAUGUUUGUCCAAAAUGUUUAUUCCUUUAUAUUUUUAUCCAAAUGUAAAUUACUCUUAUCCAUUUCUAUAUUACACUCACUGCACUGAUGUCUUGCUCAGACUUGAGUGACGACAAGUUGAUGAAGGAGCAAUUUUAUCUAAAGGUCUUUGCAGUAAGGUCAGCCUUGAUGAUAAAAAUUCAUGACCACAUGCAGAGUUAUCUGACCCUUUCAGUACUGUAUAUUCUUUGCACUUUGCAGCAAGCUACUUUCUAUUAUCUACUGUCUGAAACAAUGACCAAGCAAUGUUCUAUACUAUAUGCGCAAAACUUUCAAUCUGGUUGGUAUUGUGGGGAUUAGCAGAGGCUUAGGCCAGGGUUUCUAUGCCAGACCUCUAUCUAGUGACUCAAAUUUACGAUUUGUGCCUGUUUAAUGGGUGUAGUAUGAAGCUGCCUGUAAUUAUCUUCAAUAGUUGAAUACCCUACUGAUAAUCAACUACCAAGGCUCAGAUAAAAUAAUGACCACUUGUCUGAAGUGCUGGAGACAGUGUCCAUGGGAAGGACUCAGCAUAAUCAGAACAGAUGGGUGAAAAUUGAUGAGGGAAAUAAAAGGAUGCAGACUGGUAUAGCAAGAGCCUAGAAUAUUCCUCACUUGAAAAAACAUGUCUAAAAUUCUAUGCUGAAUGAGAUAAAAAAAACAAAAACAAAGCAAGAUUGAAGCUUAAAACAAAGAGGCCAUGUUUAGAAAGUCUUCAGAAAGACAGGGAAAAGAGAGAGUGCUCAAUGGGAUAGUUUAGAAAUGAAAUGGAAAAGAAUAGAGCCCAGGUGUUGCUAACUGCAGAGCUGAUGGAAAGCAAUGAACAAUUAUUUUCAGGUGAUAAGAUAAUUUAGAGCACCAUUGCAAACAAUUGUGCAUAUUAACUGAUUGUAUUAUUAUCCAUUAAUCUCUCUGUUGCAGAGCAGUUAAAUGUGAUCUUUAAUUUGAUUUGUUGAAAUUGGGCAUUUUGGUGACCUCAUUGUGUAAAAAGUUUCCUUAGGUCAGUGCGUUGUAGAAAACAUGACGCUAGUGAGAGCAGAACUGAUAUAUUGUGGUCCGAGUUUGUUGAAGUUUACUGUGUUGUGAACAUAUAAUGUAAGGUUUUGUUACUAAGUGAUUUUCGUGGGUUAUUCAGUUCCUUUUCUUCUACAAUAAGAAAGUGUGGCGGCUGGAUGAACACAGCAGGCUAAGCAGCAUCUGAGGAGCAGG